AUGAACGGAAUAUUUGCUGUGGAAAAACCUUAUGGGGUCAGCUCUAACAAGUUUCUGCAACAGAUAAAUAAUAUUUUUACAAACUCUUCGAUAUUUGGCGCUGACUUGGCUGAGCUGAGAAAAAGGAAGCUAGCUGGCUACGGAAAGAACAGUGCCAGAGGACUAAAGAAAGCCAGCAAAGCCAAAGUUAAGAUGGGCCAUGGUGGAACUUUAGACCCUCUGGCUUCUGGCGUUCUUGUAAUUGGAGUGGGACAAGGAACGAAACGGCUACAAGAAUAUUUAGGUGGCUCUACCAAACUGUAUGAAACUGAAGCAUUGCUAGGAGCUGCUACAACCACAGGGGAUUCAGAGGGAGACGUUAUUUGCAAAACGGAAGUCAACCACAUUACUAAGGAUAUGUGCUUGCAAACUGCUAAAAAGUUUGUUGGGGAGCUUAUACAAACUCCACCUCUGUUUUCUGCUUUGAAAAUGAAUGGAAAACCUCUAUACGAGUAUGCUAGAGAGGGCAAGCCAUUACCGAUGGAAAUAAAACCCCGAACGGUACAAGUUUAUUCCUUAGAAGUUGAAGAAAGUGAUUUGUUGUCUACUGACCAUGAUUACAAAUUAAAAGAAUCAAUAAUCGAUGAAGACGGUACCCCUCUAGAGUCUAAGUUGUCUGAAAAUCCUCUUCUUCAAAACGACAAGUUACAUUUUAGCAAAGAAUUUAUAGAGUCGGCUUCCCAAGAAGGUCUUCGCACAGAUGUUGACCCUCCACAUUUAAUCAAAGAUAUUUCGGUCCAAAUAUCAAAAGCACCAUUGUUACAUUUUGUGGCCCAGGUCAGCUCCGGAACCUACAUAAGAUCACUUGUUUCAGACUUUGGAAAGGCCUUGAGCUCAUCUGCAUAUAUGGUCAAACUUAUUAGAAGAAAACAGGGUGAAUGGGAUUUGAGCAGCAAUUGUUUUACUCUGGCAGAUUUUCAAGAAAAUGAACAGGUCUGGGGUCCUGUCCUCAAGAAAGUUUUUGAACACGGUGACGAGAUUAAUGUUUUGGAGGAGAUGCAAAGGAGUAAAGAGAAGUUUGUGCAAAACGAACAUCAAGAACAGUCCGAGGAGACGUCUGAGGAAGUACCGAAAGAAAAUUUAGAAGCAAGGUCUGAGGAGACUACGAACAAGACAGAUGAAACGUUCACCGCUUAG